AUGCAAGGUUGUUUCUCUGAUCAUGAAACAAUAAUUAUGGAUACCUCCGUAGAGAUUAUAGAGAAAUCAAUGGAUGUAGUUAAGACAUUACGUAAUGAGGAUAACAGUUAA